AUGGGUUACCAAUACAAGAAGCUGGACCGCAAUCACGCAGAGAUCCGACUUCCCACGCUGUUUCCCGGGUCGGGCAGCGACGAGUUGCAGUGUUCGACCUCUGUCGUGUCACUGGACGACAACCCCGCAUUCAAAGCGCUCUCAUACGUAUGGGGCGACGUCUCCAUCACAAGACCCAUCAUCGCAGAUGGGAAUACCCUCGAAGUCACCCCCACGCUGGACGACAACCUGGGCAAGGAAGACACGCUUCAUAAUCCCGAACGCCUGCUUCGUGCUUAUGACGGGCUUCUCGACAUCAUGUGUCGCGACUAUUGGGGCCGCAUGUGGACGUAUCAGGAGUACCUUCUGGCUGCCGAAGACCCUCGUUUCGUCGGCGAAAAGCAGGAUGAGCUCUACGGAUUCCUCCGAAAUCUUCAGGUGACUGUAAAAUGCCGCAUUCGGUUGUACCCUGGUAUGAGGACAAAUCUCAUGGAAGAAUUACUGGCGACACGGACACGGGAGUGCCUCGACCCAAGAGACAAGGUCUUCGCUCUCUACGAGCUUGUGGGCAACGCAAGACAGGCCUAUCCAGCGGACUACACGAAGCCUGUGGAGCAGGUGAUGGCAGAGACUGCGGCUUACAUAAUCAACCACGAGAACCCGGCGCACAUUUAUGUACGCUUCAAUCUUCGUGAGUCUCGCCUCUCUGACCGAUCUCACCCGUCCUGGGCCCCUGACUUUACGGAUUACUUCACAAGUUUUCUUUUUCCGAAAUACCACGCGGACACGUCAGGGUUAGCAGCACAAUUUGGUGGUUUACGUCAACCUUGGCCACGAUUCAAAGUGACUAGCGACUACGUGCUUCGAAUGUCAGCCUUCAACCUUGGUGAGUGUAAUGUGGCCUUGAGGUUUACGACGGAUGUGUCGGAUAUGUUGAAGCGGCUGGCCGACAUCAAUGUUGCUCAGCGGCUGGACGAAGAGCCUGCUUCCCGAAACAGUCUGCAGAGCAAGUUGCGCCCUGACUUAGAUCCAGUCAGCAGGCUCGCACGAGCCUGUAUUGCCCACCGCUGGCGGGAUGAGGGCUAUGUCCACGAACUACGCAAUGAAUUUGUCAACGUCUGUCAGGCUGCUGCGCAAGGAACGGUCAGUCCUGAUUCUUUUCCGGCGCUGUCGGUCGAGAAAUUCAUCAUUGAGAGUAUUGGGGCUCUCUCCGGUAAAGCUCUUUUCACCACGGCCUGCGGUUGCCCUGGCAUAGGUGAUGGUGAGGACGGCGAUCCUGUAUUACUCACUCCGCUUUUUCCUUACCCCGUGGUAUUGAGACAAGAGUUUAGCGUCGAGCCAGGUGGAGGCGAAACGUACUACAGGAUAGUUGGGAUGCCUUACGUUGAUGGAGUUUGGGAAGGGGAUGGUCCACAUCCCACACUUGCCGAUGAGAUCCGCAAACAGGGUCUGCAAGAGUUCCUCAUCCGCUGA